ACAGGUUGGCCACCUCUUACAGCGAUUUCCAGCGAUCGUGUUAAUGCAAAGUUGGAUCAAACGCGAACAUGUUUGAGGAAGGAAUUUAAAUCUAGUAGCUUUUUGUCGACAUUAUUACACACAUAAUUUGUAUCUCUCUGGAAAUAAAUAACGAGAGCCCUGGCAAUGCAGAAUUCUUUGUGGAUUCAGAGAUGAAAUGAGAUUUUAAAGGAUUCUUGGCAUAGAUUUCCAAAGAUUUUCGUUAUUCGAUAGUUUGUCCGCGUCAUCGAUGGCCCAGUAAGCCGAGGUGGCACAUAUCGAUAGUGAUUUACACUACUGGUGGGCCACCACUAACUCAAUUGAUAAGUGUUUCGACCAAAAAACGACCCAAUACAAGGAAUAACAGCUAAUUUUGUGGUGUAAACAGUGGAGCAGAACCGGGGAGAAUUGAUGUGGAGGAGAUCAGAUGUCCGCGCUCGCGCCGCCGCCAGUCGCCUCGAUGAAAAACGCGCUGCAGCCGGACAACUUUAAUGAGGCGCAGGAGGAUGAGGUGGCCACAGCUCUACACGCGGAGCUGGUGGAUCGGGUUCUGCGGAACAACAACCCUGUCGAUGCAAGCGGGAGCGGAAGCAGCAGCAGCGUCGUCAUCAGCGACGCCCAAUGGACCCAAGGGCCCCUAUCUGGGCAUCAGCUGGUACUGCGCAACGUAAACCAGCAGGAAAUGACCAAAGGCCACCGAAAAUGUUACCAAAACAAAGGUGAUGCCGGCAGGGUUCAGGAUGUGGCCAACAAUGGCGAGGACCUGCGUCUCUCCAAAAUUAUCCGACGACUGUGUAACGAAACGAACCCCACAGCCGCAUUGGAUCUGUGUGCUAAGCUCCAUCAGGCAGUGCGGACGCCCAUCAACAUGGGCUACCUGUCCUGCUCCUUUGUCUGGAUCCUUGAGAACAUGCUAACGCUCUUCAAGCAGUGCACGCCCGUAGUUCUGGAGGAGUGCAGUAAGAUCCUGGGCGUGAUCGGGUACAUCAACCGCAAGUCGUACCCCAUCUACGAAGAGUUCAUUGUGAAAAACUACCGGACCGGAGCAAAGCGCCUGCAGAAACACCUGAUCCAGGCGUUGCGCACCACGAUGAGCUGCGACUCCAAGUGCGACCUUCAUCCAUAUGCCGACAAAAUAGUUUUGAUGCUAAAGGACUUUCUGGAAGGCGCCGAAAACGCCGAAAGCUUUACUGCGGUGAGUGAUGCACUGGUCCAGUUCUCGUACAUCUACCGGGAGGCCUUCGAGUGCCACUUUACGGAUGUGGUGGACAUUGUCAUCGGAUGGCAGCUGGAGGCCGGUCAGCCCAAGGAGCUCAAGCUGCACUGCGCCCAGGUGCUGGAGCAGCUGACGCCCUACUUCAGCAAACAAAUAGACUUCAGCUAUGGCCUGCUGGCGCAGUUCGUCGAGGACAUCACUGUGCUGGAGGAAGCAGAGCCAGCGGAACGGGUUGGAGCGUUUGUGGGGGCAUUUAACACGCUUCUCAAGUGCUUGGCCCGUAUGCAAAUCUUCGUAGGCAUGGCCGCCUGCGAGACCAUUGUGCAGCUGGCUGUGGACCACCUUACUAAGAUGUUGCCCAGUCUUCUGGAGGACACUGAAACGGACGCGGUAGUUAACAUCAACGAGCUGCUCUGCAUCUGCCUGAUGAAUGGGUUCGGGGGCCUCGAUCCGAACACCCUGGAGAUGCUGCUUCUAGGCCAGUUCGAACGGAUGAGCCUCAUAAGUGAGGCCCAACGACAGAGCACGUUGUACCUUCUGCUCUGCACGGUAAGGAGGUUGCGGGCCCGACUGCCCGCAAGCCUAGUGCAACUGAUUUUCCAAAGCGAUCCCUACCUGGCGGAGGUGAAGCGCGGCGAUCCAUGUGGCACAGCCUACAAGCUACUACUCCGCACCUGCCAGGAGACGCUUCUCAUCCGGAAUGUGCCCCUGCUACAGCAGGCCUACAAGCACCUGGUCGAGGACAUCGACCACUGCAUGGGAGCCAUGCUCGUCGAGGACUCUCUUUCCCAGUGGAGGGCCACCGAAUGCAGCGUCCUUCUUGUCUUCCACCUGACAGCCCUAGCAGCCCUCGCCAAGCAAACAUCAUCCAUCAUUGGGAUGUAUGCCUGCAAGCCAUCCAUCCUGGAGCUCCUGCUGACGAACUGUCGGGCCCAGGACCUGGCUCUGUGGAGCCGAUACCCCUCCACCCACCAGGCCAUCAUCAAUCUCCUGGUGGUGCACUGCCAGGCCAACCACAACUUCCGCACUAACUCCAGCCUGCUCCGAGAUCAAGAGCAGCCCUUGUCGGAGAACACCUCGCCGACUGCCAACAACUUUGCCACUAUCCUGCGCUUCCUGGCCGCAGUCCUAGAGAACGCCGGCCUGCUGAAUCCUCAAAACCUUCGCCAACUACUCCAGUGGCUGCAGGUCCUUUUAAAUGAGUGUCGCGACCGAUGCGACCUCCUCUUGGAUCAGGAGCAGUUUCUCAGCAUCUGCCGCAGCCUGGUGACUACUGCCUGCAAGUGGAGCCCUCAGGAGAGCGCCGCUUGCAUCCAGAUUGUUCUGGACUACGGCCCGGAGAAGCAGGAGCACCUGCUGGAGUUGCUUACUCUCUACCGUGACAUGGCGCUGCAGCAACUGCAGGUGCUAUCGCCGAACGGCCACACUCCCUUCAGCCAGAUCUACGCCAAACUGCCCCUCCGAAUCACACUGACCGGGGGCGACACACCCAUUCCUGGCAUGAGCAGCCGGAGGGUCUGUGUGUGGCAGCAGCGGAUGAGUCAGUGCAGUGCGGUAAGGGACAGCGUGUUUCGGGACUUCUUCGAGCGCCUGCAGCACCCGGAGCAGCAGCCCUUGACCAACAGUUUACGGGACCUCUUCGUGCGCAGCUGUCAAGUGGCACCCCAGGACGAGCGGCAGGAGAAGCUGUCGCAGUGCACACGUCGUUGCCAGCGUCUGGCCACCGCCUGGAUGCAGUUCGAGGCGGCCAGGUACUGCGUGGACCAGCGACUCCGGACGACGCUGGGCAAGCCGCAGGAGACCUUCCUCGGCUUUGAGGCCAUCAUCAUGCGUCACGCCCGGCAACUGAGUGGCUGUGGCAAGGAGGAGGAGCGCGCUGCCCUGGAUACCCUGACCCUGGAGGAGCUGUCCAAUAUGCAGUCCAACCUGGUCCUGAUGCUGGGCUUCCUAGACGCCCUGGAGAAGCUAAUCUACAACGCAGCCGAGGGCAGCGCGUUUGCCCUCCGUCCGCCGGAGAAGCCGGUGGCGGCCUUCUUUCGUCUGAACAACCCCACCUGCCAGUCGUGGUUCAAUCGCAUCCGGAUCGGAGUCGUCAUUAUUGCCGUACAUGUGCAGCAGCCGGAGCUGGUGAUCCGAUACGCCCAGAAAAUCUUGCUCACCCAGAAGGCCCAGGACGCCACCUACAGCCAGGCAAUCGUGUACCUGGCCUGGGCAUGGGUCUGCUGCCAGGAGUCUGACUCCCUGCGCGGCCUCUACCUCUGGGCUCGCUCCAAGAGCAGCAAGUCUUUCCAGUGGCUCCAGUGCGCAGCGGACCAAGCCGGAGGAAGAAAGGAUGCCGCCCUGGCCGGCUACCGCAGUCUCUUGAACGAGACGGAGGAACAGCCGCCGGAGCUGGACACACACACGCGCCAGUUUGUGGUCGCCCAGAUGAUGCAGUGCCUCCAGGACACGGGCCAGUGGUCGCAGCUGGUCGAACUCAAGCAGCGCCAGCUAACGCGGCCGGAAGACAGCGAACGGAAUCCCUUUCUACAGCAGAGCAACGUGGAGGUCAGUGCCCUGGAGCGGCUGCUGGCCAAAAGCGAGGAGCAGUCCGCCAAUAUGGACGUGCUAGGUGGGGCUCUCCAGGAGCUUAGCUUGUGGCCCAGAGGCUGGGAUGAAUCUACAACCGGGCACGCCAGCUUUGCCUCUGUCCAUGUGCGACAGCGCACGGAGAACCGCGUUCUGCAGCACCUUGUAGAGGAGCGCAGCCUGCCCGACCAGGUGCGAAAUAUCCUGGACACCCAGUGGCGUGACAGCCUCCUUAACCCGAGCUACGACCAGAGAGACUGUCGCGAGUUGACCAUCCUGCGGCAUGUGGCCCAAAGAAUAACGAACGGCCAGCCGCUCUCUCUGCUGCCACUCAGUCCCGCAGAAAAUCGACGCCCCCAGCUGUCCAGCGCGAUCUUCAUGCGCUGCCUGGCCUGGACGCAGUUACUCCGCCAGCACUGUAUUCCGGGCAGCUGGGAGACCCUUUGUCUGGACGCCGCUGCAGCCGCCCGAUCGGAGGGAAACACCCAGCUAUGCCAGUCGCUGCUGGUCCAGUUCUUCGGCCAGCCGCUGGACGAGAUCGCCCAGGAGUCGCUUCUAGAGACGGCGGACACCCCGCAGAUGGUGCGCGGCUACAGCGAGCUGGCCAAGUGCCUGCACCUCCAGCAGCAGGCGCAGAUACAUUGCAACGCGGAGAGCAGCUCGCCGAUCGACCUCUGCUCCUCGCUCUGCCUGGGCCUCCAGCGCAGCCAGCGCCAUUCGGCCCUGGGAGCGGAUCUGCUGCUGAAACUCUCCGACUGGAUAGCCGCCCGCACCUGCUGUGGCCUCGCGACAAGCCCCUCGACCGCGCUGGUCCAGCUGCUAGAGAAGCUGCCAGAGUGCCCCUUAACCUGCAGCACGGCGGCCCAGCCCCUGGCCAUUCCACAGGCGGAGCGACUGGUGGCCCGGCUGGUACACGCCAGCCUGGAGCAGCGCCCCGACAGCGAGGAGGCCCUGAUCGCGUACGGGAACUGGUGCUACCGCUGGGGCAAGAAGAUCGUCGACAGCGGCUGCGUGCUCAACCAGGCGGACUUGCAGGCCCUCAGCCAGGUCCUGGACCUGAGCCAGCCCCUGGACGGGGAGCGCCUCAGCGAGCUGCUGCAGGCGCUCAGCAUGGAGCAGCCGCCGGCCAAGUGCGAGGAGGCCUGCCCGGAGACGGCCCGCGCUCGGGACGACGAGGCGGCUAAGAAGUGCCUGCGGCGGCUGAGCCUGCUGGCGGACAAGCCACCCGAAGUGCUGGACGCCAUCCUAAGGAUCUGGCGCCGGGCCAUUGCCAACACUUACGAUUACUACAAGGAUGCGGCGCGGUCGUACUUUCAGUAUCUUAUUUUGAAGGCGGGCUCCGGGUCCGAAGCCGGAGACAGAGCCGGAGCUGGAGCGGGAAGUGGCUGCGGAUUGGUUGGAAAGGACGGAGAACAACGGUUCCAUGUGGACGACAGUAAUCUAGUGACUACUACGCUGCGCUUGCUCCGGCUGAUCGUGAAGCACGCCAGUAGCCUGCAAGAGGUGCUCGAGCAGGGACUGCGCCACACCCCCAUCGGUCCCUGGAAGGUGAUCAUCCCUCAGCUGUUCAGCCGGCUGAACCACCACGAGCCCUACGUCCGGAAGAGCGUGUGCGCCCUGCUCUGCCGCCUGGCAGAGAGUCGUCCCCAGCUAGUGAUCUUCCCCGCGGUGGUGGGAGCGAACAGGGAGCAGCAGCAACAGCCAGUGUCCACUGGGGAGACGCCCCAGCCACCGGCCCCCUCCACGGAGGACGCCUGCUGCUACGGGUACUUGCUAGGAGCUCUCUCGAAGCAGGCGCCGGAGGCAGUGCAGCACGUCCAGCUGAUGGUGAAGGAGCUGCGCCGCGUGUGCCUGCUCUGGGACGAGUACUGGAUCCACUCCCUGGCCCACAUCUACAAUACUUACGUGAGCCGAGUGAACGCUUUGGCCACCGAGUUUCGGCCGGACGAUCACGAGGGGAAGAACAACCGCUUCAACUGCUGGCGGCCCCAGCUUCUGGCGGACGUGGAGGCUCUAGCCGCCCUGACGGACCGUCCGCCGGAGACUACCUACGAGCGGAGCUUUCGAAAGCGCUUCGACUCGCCCAUUCGGGUAACUUUGGAGGCCCUGAGGACGCGGCGAUAUCCUGAGGCGUGGGACAAGCUGAAGCAGCUCUACCACGUGCUUCAGUCCAACAUGAUCCGCGGCACCGGAAACACUCUCAAAAUGCAGAGCCUCAGCCCAGUGCUCUGCGGGAUCGGGCGGAUGCAGAUUUCGAUGCCAGGACUGGACGCCCACGGUCCGGAUGAGGACCAGGUGUACAUCGAGAGCGUGGAGGGCACCGUGUGCGUCCUCCCCACUAAGACGAAGCCCAAGAAGGUCGCCUUCUACGGCAGCAACGGACAGAGGUACACGUUCCUCUUUAAGGGAAUGGAGGACCUGCACCUGGACGAGCGCAUCAUGCAGUUUCUGUCCAUUUCGAACGCCAUCAUGGCCUGCCGGAACGACUGCCCGCCCGGAAACGGUAGCUACCGGGCGCACCACUACUCGGUGAUUCCCCUGGGACCCCAGUCCGGGCUGAUCAGCUGGGUGGACGGAGUGACGCCGCUCUUCGCCCUCUACAAGAAGUGGCAGCAGCGCCAGAUGCAGACAGCCGGUGGCAAGGGCGGUGGAGCGGCCGGCGGAGGAGUAAAUACCACGAGGAGAUUCACGGACCUGUUCUACAGUAAGCUCUCCCCGCUCCUGGCAAAGCACAACCUCCAGGUGAGCGAUCCCCGCCGCCAGUGGCCUCUCUCGGCGCUCCGCCAGGUGCUGGCCGAGCUCUCGCAGGAGACGCCGGGCGACCUGCUGGCCCGGGAGCUGUGGUGUCAGGCUGGCAACGCCGCCGAGUGGCGCCAGUCGAUCCGGCGCUAUGCCCGCUGCAUGUCCGUCAUGUCGAUGAUCGGGUACGUGAUCGGGCUGGGCGACCGCCACCUGGACAACGUGCUGAUCAACCUGGGAAGCGGCGACAUUGUCCACAUCGACUACAACGUCUGCUUCGAGAAGGGGCGGACGCUGCGCAUCCCGGAGAAGGUGCCCUUCCGGCUGACACAGAACCUGGUUCAUGCCCUGGGAAUAACUGGAAUAGAGGGUUCCUUCCGGCUCGGCUGCGAGUACGUCCUGAAGGUGAUGCGCAAGGAGCGCGAGACGCUGCUGACCCUCCUGGAGGCCUUCGUGUAUGAUCCUUUGGUGGACUGGACCGUUAACGACGACGCCCAGGCGGUGCGAAGGUCCCUCUGUGCCAAGCAGCCGCAGGGAGGAGCAGGAGCCACAGCUGGGGAGCUGAAGUGUCACAAAAAGGACAAGAACCGGAACAAGCCGCACGACUGGGACGCCAAGCGCCAGCACUUCCUAACCAAACUGGGUCAGCUUCAGAAGUUUUGGGCCGCCAACAGGGACGACAUGCUCCUGCAGCUGCAGGAGAUGGAGCAGGAAGUGGAGCAGUUGCAGGCAGCCCAAGAGCGGCGCAUGGCCACCGAGCAGGAACUGCAGGAGCUGAAUCAACGCAGCGCCCUCAUCGCGGAAAUCAAGUCCCUGGGCACGGCGAUCGAAAGCCACAGCUUCAACACGGCCUCCCUGCGCCACGCGGUGCGCCGGGGCCACUUAGAAGCGCUGCGGGUCCUCAGCGGCGAGCGCCAGGCCGACUUCGGGGCGGUCCAGAACCUGCUCACCAGCUACGGCCAGUGCCUGCAGCCCUACUACCUGGCCGAGCUGCACGCCCAGCUCCUGCAAUUCCAAAUAGAGGCAACGGCGGCCGCGGAAUUCAGCAGUCCCGGCGACAUCAAGGCGCUCCAGCUCCUGCCGGGCUACGAGCUCAUGCGCGUGCAACUGGACGAGCUGAUCCAGCACCUGGGGGAGCUGGCUCUGCGCACCUCGGAGCAACUGCAGCAGUACGCCUCCGUGAUGGGCUUCUUCCCGGAGCAGAGCCACCGCCAGAACCUGCUAGUUCGCUUCCAUGACAGCUACUCGUCGUAUCUGCAGUACGGCGAGGGAGCUCUCGAGAACUCCGGCAACUCCCACUCGUCCUCCGGCUCGAUCAUUUGCACCGCAGACAUCCUGGGCGUGGCGGAGGCCCUGGAGAGUGCCUGGAUGCAUCUUAACUGUCAGCUGCUCAACUCCUCCCAGAGGUUCUCCGCCAAGCAGGCCCAGGCCCAGGCCCUCGGUCCCCCGACUUCGGCACUGCUCGCCAUGAUCGGCCAGAGCGGAUGCAGCCUGAUCCUGCUGAAAGCCAGCCUGUUGCGCAUUCUGGACAGAGCCGGCGUGGCUUUCGGGUCCUACGAACAGGUUGCAGUGGCCGGCGAGGACGAGGAGCUGCUGCAGCACCAGCUGCACCUCAUAAAUCUGGUGCGCUCCAUGUGUCACGGCGUGCUGUCCGUCAGCAACAUCGACGAGCAGGAGGCCGACGCCCAUCUCGACCAGCUGGAGAACCUGUUGUCCGCUCUGGCGCACCUACGGCAGAUCUUCGAGCACGACCUGCCCGCCAGCAUCUAUCGCUUGCUAAUGCUCCAGCCGAACCUCGGCCAGCUGAGCGCCCUGUGUCAUUUGAGCUCCCCCAGCCUCGCCCAGCUCUACCUGGAGGCCACGAUAGAGGAAGCCAAGCAGUCACCGGGCGGAGAGUUCCCCGCUGAGCGGAGGUUCCUGCUCGCCCUGCAGCCUGCUUACGAGCAGUUCCAGGUGGCGGCGGCCGCCUAUGAGGAGCUUGUUCGAAGCCUCAAGCUCCUGGUAGAGGAUAACCGUGACCCGCAGGUGCUGGAGCUAGCGGACCUGACCAUACUGAGUACCGAAAGCCUGGUGUUGGACGACGAGUGCUUCUUCGGCUUGGUCAGCGAAACCUUGGAAGCCAGUCGGAGCUGCGAUGUGCGCGAAAUGGCCCGCCCCGUCCUGGGACUUAUUCAGCGCAUCCAGGCCGAGAGCCUCAUAGGACUUCUGCCGCCGUUGGCCCGCCACUUCUACGAGUCCUUGGGCCCCCAGUGCCAGCCACCGCCCGGCGGGAAUCCGAGCCUGGGCGACGCCGCCCAGUCGGACCACAUGUGCGAGGGCCUCUUCAUCUCCCUGCAGUCGGACGGCGCCCUGCAACAGCAGCAGGCAGAGAUGGCGCUCCUCAACCAACAGCUGGAGCUGCACACUCUGGCGGCCUCCGCCCAGUACUGGGCCUACUCGGAGGCGCUCGGAGGAAACCAGAUGAGGUGCGGCCACCACAUCAUAAGCCGGCAGAAGCUCGCGGCGGCUGUCGGAGAGAACUGGCUGGAGUUGGACACCGGGCUGCACAGCCUAGAGCGGCUGCAGUCUGGCCUGGACGCCCAGCUGGGCCAGCUGCAGGCCCAGAGGAGCAACUGGAACCGAAACCACAUCGACAGCCUGAUGCGCACGGAGCAGACGCACUCCGCCCGGGUAAAUGGGCACUUAGCCGUGAUGCGGCAGCUGGCGGACGGAGCCGGCGCUGUGAGUCGCCUGGAACAGUACCCGAGGGCGCUCGGCGAGGAGGGCCGUGCCCUAGUGGAGCUCUUGGAGCAGUGGCUUGCCGUGCACGGCCAGUGGCAGGCUAGCAGCUCGCGGAUCAGCAACGUGGAGCAGGCCGUGGUCGAGCUACUUGACCCCGAGGGUGCAAUCGACCCCACAUGGCUGGAGGACGUCCAGGGACUAUUGGAGGAGCACACGUGCAAGGUGCAGCGCGACUUGUCCGCGCUGGAGUGCGAGCAGCAGAGCAAGCACCGGUUCGUCUGCACCCUGGCCAAGGAGACUCAGCGCAUGCAGGAGAGCGUGCCGCGCUUCCACGUGCGCAGCCUGUGCGCGGACGCCCAGGGGCAGGGCCAGAGCAAGAUGGUGCCCACGGACGUCCAGCUUCUGUGCGGCCACCUGCGCGACAGCCAGCGCGUUUUGCAGAAGCUCUUCCAUCGCCUGGUGGAGCUGCGCAAGGACCUGUGCUGCGAGCGUCUCACCCUGCCGGUUCCGCUCCUAACAUCCUGGCGGCAACAGCUCCAGGAGAUCCAGACAGUGGCUCGCGACGAGGUCAACGCGUUCUUCAAGAGCAUGGACGAAUUCCUGCAACAGGCCACCGAUUUGCAAACCGACUCCUACGAGACCUUCGCCCACUGCAAGGGCGCCAACAAUUUAAACGAACAGAAGCGGAACGCUUACGGCGUGUCCGUGUGGAAGAAGAUCCGCAUGAAGCUGGAGGGACGUGAUCCGGAUGGAAACCAGCGCAGCACUGUUGCUGAGCAAGUGGAAUACGCGAUCCGCGAGGCCAUCAAUCCGGACAAUCUGGCGGUGCUCUACGAGGGCUGGACGCCGUGGGUCUAGUGCGGACAAGUGCUCGGCCGAAAUUGGGCUUCUGACAUCAGCACGCAGCAGGACGCAGCUGGACAUAUUGGGGGCGCACCUCCACAGGAGCGGAUCUCCCUGUUGGGAUCUCUUUGUAUGCAAGGGAUCCUGCAGCCUGGCGGUAGACGACAGGCUACAUGCGGCAGGCGACAGACGGCGGAGAACGGCGACGGACGACGGACGGUAUACGGCGGACUACCCCAAGAUCAACGACUCAGUGUUGUUGUUGCCUAGGCGAUAUAGAAGACGAUAAGACGACGAGACGCAUGCAGACUGUAGCACAGAUCGCCUCUAGAGUUUUCCGGGUGUCUGGCCGGGAGUAGAGUGGCUGCAGCAGAAGGAGCAGCAGCAGUACCAGUAGCAACCGCCACAGCAGCAUCAGUCGCGGCAGUGCCGGCUUCAGGCUUCUAGCUUCCAGCUCACAGCUCCCGGCUCCUGGAUUCGUCAUCGGAUUCGACAUCCCAAUCAUAGGUUUCAGUAAUUUUCCAUUUACGUUCUCCGGUCUCCGGUCCUCGGAUCUUUGCCUUAAAUUCGAUUAUAGAUAGAUUCAUUUACGCUGCACCGGAUCUGUUUCUAUUCCCAUUUGUAAACGUUAAGUCGAACAUAAUUUUUUAUUUACUUAAGUGCAAAAUUGUUACCGUAUAAGCUGAUUGAAUUGUGUUGUUGCCAAAUUAUCUGUACCUCUAUUAAAGAUUAUACAACUGCAGCUCCUUAUCCUUCCCCUCCCGCUACACACAUAUACAUAUAACCGAAGCUCACACGCGGCGCCAAGGACACGAUCCUGGACGGGUGCUCGCGCGCCAUGUUUACUUUUAAUUUUAUGCUUAUUGAAUAAACGGAAUGCAACUAUGAAA